AUGUGUGAAACUCGCGCUGGCGAGGCUCGCAGUGCGCAGGCGCGAGGUUCUGCCUCCAACAACAAGAAGCAGGAGCCAGGCAAGAUGGCCGACCUGGGAAAGAAGUACUGCGUUAACUGCCUCGCAGAUGUUACGAACCUGCGGCUCCGCUGCACCGACUGCCCCGAUAUCGAGCUGUGUCCGGAAUGCUUCUCAGCGGGGGCGGAAAUCGGCAACCACCGGAGAUGGCACGGGUACCAGCAGGUCGACGGCGGUCGCUUCUCUCUCUGGGGUCCCGAGGCAGAGGGAGGAUGGACUAGCAGGGAAGAGCAGUCGUUACUCGAUGCUAUCGAGCAGUAUGGAUUUGGAAACUGGGAGGACAUGGCCGCCCACGUGGGAGCGUCCCGGACCCCCCAGGAAGUCAUGGAGCACUACGUCACCAUGUACAUCCACGGAAACCUGGGCAAAGCCUGCAUUCCCGACAGCAUUCCCAACCGGGUGACGGACCACACCUGCCCCAGCGGGGGCCCGCUGUCGCCCAGCCUGACCACCCCGCUGCCCCCGCUGGACAUCAGCCUGGCGGAGCAGCAGCAGCUGGGCUACAUGCCGCUGCGCGACGACUACGAGAUCGAGUACGACCAGGACGCCGAGAAGCUCAUCAGCGGCCUGUCGGUCAACUACGACGACGAGGACGUGGAGAUCGAGAUGAAGCGCGCCCACGUGGACAUGUACGUGCGCAAGCUCCGCGAGCGCCAGCGCCGCAAGAACAUCGCCCGCGACUACAACCUGGUGCCGGCCUUCCUGGGCCGGGACAAGAAGGACAAGGAGAAGGAGAAGCCGGGGGCCGCGGGGGUGGGGGCCGGCGCCGCCGGCGUGGGCGCAGUCACCGGUGGGGCGGCGGCGGCUGGACCGGGCUCCACGACGACCACCACGACGGCGGCGGCCGGACCAGUCCCUGUCCCCGGCACGCCCAAACGGAAGAUCACCAAGGAGGAGAAGGAGCAGCGGGCGCGGCUGCGGGCGCUCUGCCAGUUCAUGGCGCACCGGGAGUUCGAGGAGCUCUUCGAGAACAUGCACAAGGAGCGCGCCCUCCGGGCCAAGGUGCGCGAGCUGCAGCGCUACCGCCGCAACGGCAUCGCGCGGCUGGAGGAGGCGGCCGAGUACGAGGCGGCGCGCCACAAGCGGGAGAAGCGCAAGGAGAACAAGAGCCAGUGA